AUGCCAACCCACCUCUCCGUUCUAAUAACCGUCGCCUCUCCACUCGACUACGCGCGCUACCGACACGCCUCACUAUAUCUCGAAUUCGAGAACGGCGAACGCCUCAAAUCUGCCCUAAUGGAGGUCGUGGGAUCACCUGGAUUCUUCAGUUUCUUUGAACGUGCUAAUAUCGAACUUCCUGUUUCUUCUACGAAUAUUGCACGCGUGAUACGUAUCUCAUCACUACCAGACACAGUGCCUGUAUCAUCAUUACAACGGACUAUUGCCGAGACGCCUAUUAUGAAUGAUGCGGACUGGAAUAGUCAGAACUGGGUGGGUGAUGCGCUAGCGAGGCUUGUGAUGGCAAGGUAUUUGGAUGAAGAGGCGGAGAGGAGGGGGUUAGAUGAGAUGGUUGAUGCGAUUAUGGAGGCGAGUGAUGAGAAAUGUUAA